UGAGAGCACGACGGAGAUGUGAAUUUAGCAAAAAUGGCGAAUAUUCAAUUUAAUUCGACCCAAUAUUCUGCUAAUUUAAGACCUCUGAUAACACGAAUCAGAGAAAAAUUUUAAAAUUGUCACAUUGGAAAAGAUGUGGCUAAGGUCUUUUUGUCAUCUUUUCCUUCUUCUAAUUUGGAAGGUAGAUGUACUUAAAACUCAAAAUGUACCCUGCGAAUUCAACACCAUGUGCCUGUGUUGGGUUCAGGAUGACUCGGAUUUUACCAAAAUGGACAUCAACUGUUUGGGUGUACCAUUUGCCAGAUUUCCUGAUGUUUCUGUAAGCUACAUAGCACAACUGGAUGUGGUUGGUUCAGGAAUUCAGGUUUUGGACAAUGACGCCUUAGCAAGUUCAACAAGCGUAGAAGCUCUUGGUCUGAUGAGCAGUCAAUUAAUGAAUAUUGGUGAAAAAUCUUUUCAUGGAGUGAUCGACAGUCUCCGUUCAUUAGAUCUGAGUUAUAAUUCUCUUGAAGAAGUUCCAUUUAAAGCUCUUCAUAAUCUAAGAAAGUUGAAUUGGCUCAACAUGCACAGCAAUCAUCUAACCUCGCUCGAUGGUGACUGGGGCUUUGUGACAAAUACUCUAGCCAGCGGAUUUUUUGGAGAUAACUCAAUAAUAGAAAUACCAAAAUGCUUCUCAGAUUUUGAAUUUCUAGUAUGGCUCAACUUUGACAACAAUAAUUUGGAAGAAAUAUCAGAGUCGUCGCUCUCACCGAACAUCCAUACUCUCAGUUUGAACAAUAACCUUUUAAAAUCUUUUCCAGCCAGUGUCAGAAUUUUAAAGGACUUGUCAUUUUUAUACUUAGGAGGAAACGAAAUGAAAUCUUUAGAAUUGCCCUAUUUUCAAAGUUCAAAUUUAGAAUUGAUAGAUGUAAGCGAUAACGCCAUAGAAAUCAUCAAAUUCAUGGGCUUCCCGAAUCGAACACUUUACAUCAAAGACUUUAAUCUAGCAAACAAUAAACUUGCAUAUCUACCUGCUGACAUCUUCCAAUACAUGGAAGUUCGAAGAAUUUAUUUGUCUUCUAACGGAAUUCGCACAAUUGAUGAAAAUUCAUUCCGGGGAUUAGAAGAAUGCCUAGAAUAUUUGAAUCUUGAAAAUAAUUAUUUAAAUGAAAUACCCUCUGCAAUAAUUCAUUUAAACAGAAUUUCAUAUCUAUACUUGGCUAAUAACCAUAUUCAAAAUAUCGGAAAUGACAGUUUUCUCGAGUUCUCUCAGAGUUUAAAAGCCCUUUCCUUGCAGACAAAUCACCUUGAUUCAGUUCCAGUAUCUGCAUUAGCGGAUUGUCUUAACCUUCUGCAUCUGAAUUUGGGAUACAAUAAGAUUUCUUCUGUGGAACCCGAAAGCUUCGAAUGGGCAGAGAAUUUGGAAAUUCUUCUUCUGAGAAAUAAUGUUCUCUCAAAACUGAAAGCAGAGACUUUUAAGGGUGCUAGUAAACUUAAAGAGCUGAGUCUUUCUUUUAAUCAUUUAACAGAAUUGGAAGAUGAUGCAUUCUUAGGAAUUCACGAAAAUUUAGAAAUUCUGGAAUUAAGUUUUGCCUUUGCUACUGAUAUUUUCCCACAAAGGGCGCUUAGACCACUUGUCAAUUUAAUGUGGCUUGUCUUGGAUAAUAACAAUUUUCACACGAUUGAUCCUACUGCGUUUUAUUCUCUGCAGUUGUUGAGAUACAUUAAUCUGGAAUCUAACAGGUUGCACUACUUACCGGAAAGAAUUUUCCUUUCUGAUAUCCACCCAGACUUACGAGAUGUGAAAUUAGGAUACAACUUCCUAGAAGGCAUUCCGGACAUCACUUUCCAUAAUUUUACAGAAUUAAGAUCAAUAGAUCUUACAGGCAAUCGAAUUCGCCAUCUUACUUCUAAUUCAAUACAGGAUUGUCCGAAGCUUUUAACUUUAUCUCUGGCUUACAACCGGAUAUCCAAGAUUGAAAAAUAUGCUUUUUGUGGACUCAGCAGUUUGAGAUUCCUUCAUCUGGAAUUUAAUCGACUGACUUCUCUCGAUUUGGAUGCUGUAUUCGAAAGCGGUGAUUCGGAAUUUGCACUGAACGUUUCUUACAAUGCGAUUUCUACAAUACAUUCUAGUUUUCCAAUGAAAAACUUGACUCGAUUUGAUCUUGGAUUUAAUAAUUUUAGUUAUCUGCCAGCUGAGGUGUUCAAGAAUAUGCCCCAUUUGAAGGUCCUAGAUCUAAGAAAUAAUUAUUUGACGUCUUUGGAAUCAGGUGUCUUCCCUCUCAAUCAACUUGAAAUCCUAAAUCUUCGAGAAAACCAUCUUCAAUCUCUAAGAAAGCAAUCUUUUCAUGGACUUGAGUCUCUUCAAGAACUGGACCUCAGUAGAAACGAAAUAUUCCAGCUUUCCACUGAACAAUUUCGUUACUUAAAAAAACUCAGAGUCCUGAAUCUAUCUCAUAAUAAACUUCGUUCCUUAUCCCGAGACGUUUUUGAAGCAACUCGUCUCGAAAUUCUAGACAUGAGUGAAAAUAUGUUCAAUGUCGUGCCAUCUCCUUCGUUUCUCGAAGUGGGCUAUACGCUUCGUCAUCUUAAUUUAGCCGAUAAUUUAAUCGAUCAUCUGGACUCGAUGGUCUUCCCAACUUCUCAGUUGACUUCACUGAAUCUAGCCAAAAACCGAAUCACCAUACUUCCAGACAAUUCAUUUGUGUCCCUAGGCAAGCUGAUGAGUUUGAAUAUAUCUCAGAAUAGUCUCCAAGCAAAUUUUAAGGAAUUGUUUCAUUAUCUGCCAGAUUUAAAGCAGUUGUACUUAUCAAAUUGCGGAUUAAGGAAAAUUCCUGGACUUCCUUUGACAACCUUAAGUGCCCUUGAUUUGUCCUUAAAUCUUAUCUAUACUAUAUCAGAUAAAGAAUUUCAGGAUUUGAAAUCAUUGAAGACAUUGUUACUUGUGAAUAAUUCUUUAGCGUCCAUCAGUGGAAUAAAGUUGAGUCUACUGAGAGAAUUAGACGUUUCUGGAAAUCCAAUUGAGGCUUUAACAAAAGAAAGCUUCCUGGGAUUUCCCCGCCUAGAGAGAAUAUACCUAAAAAAUUUGAACAAAACGACACAAGUUGAAAAAGAUUGUCUAAAAUCCUUGCGAUAUUUAAAACAUUUGCGUGUUCAGUCCUGGCCAGAUAUAGACGGAUUCCACCUUCGGUAUCUUCUCCAAGGUUUGCCUCUGAGGACUGUAGAAAUCCAAAUGAUGGAACAUUAUUUAAAAGACCAGAUUCAAAAUACCUUCACAAAGCAGCUCCGAGAGCUGACAAUCACUGGUCAUAAUCUUGAAAUUAUCUCUCCAGACGCCUUUUCGACCAUCGUAGGUGGCGAUCUAAUUCUUAGAAUCAAGGAUACUUCCGUCCGAAGGUUGCAGUCAGAUAUAUUUCUUUCAUUGACAAAACACCUUUCCCAACUGACACUUGACCUUCGAAACAAUCAUAUCAACGAAUUAAGCCCUUCUGUCAUUUAUGGAAAUUUGUCAUGGGAAACAGUCGGAACGAACAUGGUUGCUGGUGGCCUGCAAGUGUCCGGGAACCCGUUGGAGUGCGAUUGUGAAAUCGCAUGGCUGAGCCUGUGGCUAAGGCGAUGGCUUCGCGAAUCGCGCCAGAUUCACACGGCCUCUCAAUCAGAUGCAAGACAACUUCGGACAAUCGCGGGCCGAGCUGUCUGCACCGAAACAACACCUUCUUACUCUUCAGACAAGGUCCUUCUUACCCUGGGAACACCGCACACAGCCUGCCAGGCCUCGGCCCUCAGUUCCGGAAAUUACGAAAGACUGGGCCAAGCCUGGCUGACUCUCGUCGAGUUUUUCAUUUUAAUACUCAUAGCCAAUUGAUGCGCAUACGUUGUAAAAUUCGAUGGAGAACGAACGCAGUA